AUGGCACGCCAGGCAUCCGUCUCAAGGACAGCAUCGAGAAUGCGAAGGAUGACAGUCCCUUCUUCUCCCGUCCGAUGUUGUGCAGAGGUCUCACUGGUGGUGUUUGUGCUUGUCGCAUGCCUCGGGUCUUUUCCAGCAGGAUGGAUUGGCAGCUCGAGACCAGGUCUCGUCCGUUCUCGGAGCAUACUUCGCAUUCCAGCUCGUGUACAUGCGGGAGAACCAGCCUUCAGACCUGCUUACGGUUUUGAGCGAGCGUCGCCUUUGGGGCCUCGCCCACAAGAGGGAGAGGUGGUGGCUGGACUGCGGACAUGGCUCAAACAGAUGGGCCUCGAGGAGCAUUUGCCCGCUGCAAAUGCAUGGUGCGAAGAAAUGGGCGCUUCAGUCAUGGCUGAGAUAAUAGAAGAUCUUGAAGACUUCGUGGAGGGCAUGGACCUGAACGAUGAGGAUGCCCAGAAGCUGAGAAAGCGAGGCAAAGUCGCUCUGUCAAAUCUGCUUCAGCGUGGAGAGAUCAUUGAACAGCAGGCCGUGGUGGAGUCAGAAGAGGAGUUCAUGACAUCCGGCAGGACUUUCCUCAAGAAGCCGAUGAAAGCGAGUUGA